AAUACAAGUAGAAGCGUAGGCAGCCACAAUCCCAACCUAACAGUCUUUAUUUAUGUAUCCUUUUUACAUACACGUAAGACGACCACACUCCUCUUCACUCACUGUUCCUGGGUUGUAUUUUGUGUUUUGUUUAAUCUUAUGCGGCGAAAAUGGGAGGAAGCAACUAACUAGUAACUGACAGAGCAUGGAGUUGGAGUGGGACGAUGGAGUGAAAGAAGGGGUUCUGAAGAGGCUAAAGUGGUGGCAGCAACGCAGCACGAAGCCCCCAACGGCAUGGGUGACGGAGCUGGUGGAGCACUUGAACUCACUGGGGGUUGCGUUACCCAGCCCCGAGUUAGGGGAACUCAUAGUCUCACAAAUCUGCUUCGACAACAACCACCCUUGGAUGUGGAAGUUCACGCACCACGCACUCUCCUCUCGUCUCCUCUUCCCUUUUCAAAUCCUCUCACUCCUCGCUUCCAACGUCAUUCCUCACCGCCACGCGCACCCCCACGCUUACGCCCUCUUCCUCCCUCUCCUCGCUCACCACGCCUUUUCCUUUCACCCAACGCCCUCGCUCUCCUCCAACCUCAGGAUAGCGAGUUCCGUCGACGCCGCGCUUCGCCUUUCGGAGACGUACAAGAUACGCGAUCUGGAGCUAGGGCACGUGUUUGUGCUGUUCUUCUACGAGGUUGUUGUGGCGUUGAUUGAUUGCAUGCUCAUGGAUUGGGGAUUUCAGGUCGCGUUUAGUGAAAGGUCGUGUUUGGUUGCUGCUGCUACUACUGAUGGUGGCGGUGAGGAUUGUAUGGAGAUUGAUCAUGGCGUGACGCAGGGGUUUAAGAAAAGUGAAUGUCAUGAACAGAUAAGGAAGCGGAAUCCAUUCACCGCCUUAGAGGUAUUGGAACGACUAACCGAAAGCAGAAAGGCUACUAUUCUGCUGCAGUCUGUUCUCUUGAACAUGCCUGAAAAAUUCAAUUGCCUCCAGCAGAGGCUUCAAUAUCUUGAAUCCCUUGAGCUGGCCUCGUCAGAGUUAAAAUUAGUAAACCAAGUCCUAACAAAAGUGAUUGCAAACAUCCGUGGAGUUUCUUGUUUUGAUUUCUGCCUAAGUAAGCAUCAGCUAGUCAGGAUGCUUGUUGAUGUUGGAUCAUGCAAGACAUCGUUAAGAUACAACUACAGAUUUUGUCAGUCUCCUUGCUGGGUUUCUUUUGAUAUUUAUAUGGAGAAUGCUAUGGAUUCUAGACAAAUUCCUACCAAGUCAGCUAUUGAUGUGCUUACAGAAGGAAUCAAGACACUUCAAAAACUAAACCAGGCUAGCUGGCAAGAAACUUUUCUAGCCCUUUGGCUUUCAGCUCUUCGGCUUGUGCAACGAGAACGUGAUCCUCCUGAAGGCCCUAUCCCCCAUCUUGUGGCCCGUCUAUCUGUUCUUUUAUCUAUUGUCCCCUUGGCAAUUGCAAAUGUUCUAAGGGAUGAUUCUGAACAUAAUUCGUCUUCUGUUCAAAUGUCUAAAGAAUCAGAAUACAGACAUGAAAUGAAAAGUGAUGGUUCUAUGAAACUUGGACUGAUUUCAUCUGUUCAGGUCCUUGGGCACUUUUCUGGUCUCCUAUGCCCUCCUGCUUUAGUUAUUGAUGCAGCCAAUCUGGCAGCUAGAAAAGCAGCAAGCUUCAUUCAUAAUUCUAUGAAAGGAAAGGGUGAAUCUGGCACUGGAAUUCAUGCUAAUGCCAAUACAAAAGCAGGUGGGAACUUGAGGCAUCUCAUAGUGGAAGCUUGCAUAGCUAGGAAUUUAAUGGAUACAUCGGCGUACUUCUGGCCUGGUUAUGCCUCUACAUCUGUCAUGUCUUUAUCAGAUUUGUCACCGCUAGAAAAAUCUCCAUGGUCAAUAUUUAUGGAAGGAACACCGUUAAACAAUACCCUUAUAAAUUCUCUUACGGUGACCCCUGCCCCAAGCCUGACUGAGAUAGAGAAGUUAUACUAUAUUGCAUUAAAUGGAUCAGAUGUGGAAAGGCCAGCAGCUGCAAAGAUUCUAUGUGGUGCAUCUCUCAGCCACGGAUGGUAUAUUCAGGAACAUGUGGUCCACCAUGUGAUUAAGCUUCUUGCUUCUCCAGUAUCUCCUAGUCAUUCUGGAUCUUGGAGCCUUUUGGUUGAUAAUAUGCCCAUGCUAAGUGCUGUCCUCCGUGGCGCUUCUUCUAUUGAUAUUGUUCAUAUACUUUCUUUACACGGUGUAGUCCCAACAGUUGCUGCUUCUUUAUUGCCACUUUGUGAGGCAUUUGGCUCAAUUAAACCAACUUCAAAUAGCAUCGGCGAUGAGUCCUCAACAUCAAUAUACAUGGUCUUUUCUUUAGCAUUUCUUUUUCUUAUUCGUUUAUGGAAAUUCUGUAGACCCCCUCUUGACCAGUGCAUCACUGAAUUAGGAGUUUCAGUUGGAGGUUUGGAGUAUAUUUUGUCAUUGUACAAUAAUCGUGUCAUGUUUUCCCAAGAUAAGAUGAAAAGCAAUCCAAGUCUCUCUGAGUCUGCAUCUGUUAAACCUGUAUAUAUUGAUUCAUUUCCAAAAUUACGGGCCUUGUAUUGUCAAUACAAAUCUGGUGUAGCUUCAGCCCUUUCUGGCAUUUCUACUGGAAAUUCCAUUCAUCAAACUGCUAAUAUGAUUUUAAGCAUGAUUUACCAGAAGAUAACCAAGGGUGGAAUUUCAUCAAGUAAUUCUUCAUCACCAACUAGCAGUAAUGCAUGUAGCUCCCUCAUGAAUUCUGGUGAAGAUGCUUUUCAAAGACCAAUGCUUCCUGCAUGGGAAGUACUCGAAGCUCUUCCUUUUGUCCUUGAAUCAAUUUUAACUGCUUGCGUUCAUGGGAGGCUUUCAUCGCGAGACUUGACAACAGGUCUGAGAGACCUUGUUGAUUUUCUUCCAGCGUCACUUGCUGCCAUUAUUGAUUACUUUUCUUCAGAAGUUACUCGUGGUGUAUGGAAACUAGUUCCAAUGAAUGGAACAGAUUGGCCCAGUCCAGCAGCAGUUCUUCAAUCAAUUGAAUCAGAAAUUAAAGCUAUAUUAACUCAUGUUGGUGUUGAGGUUCCAAACUGUUCUUCUGGAGGUUCACCGAUAAUGCUUCCUCUACCGAUGGCAGCUCUAGUCAGUUUAUCCAUUACUUUUAAACUUGACAAGAGCCUGGAGUACAUGCAUGCUAUUACUGGAGCAGCUUUGGAAAAUUGUGCAUCAGGUUGCCCUUGGCCUAGCAUGCCUAUAAUUGGGUCUCUGUGGGCCCAAAAGGUUCGCCGCUGGCACAACUUCAUUGUUGUAUCAGGUUCCCGUUCUGUGUUUAGACAUAACAAUGAGUGUGUUGCUCAACUAUUGCGAAGUUGUUUCACUUCAUUCCUUGGAACUUUGUGUGUUUCAACCUCAAAGCUAACUGCUGAGUGUUGUGUGAAUGGUCUGUUGGGUAGCACCAUUACUGCCCCUGGUCUCUAUCCUUUUGUUGCCCCUGGAUUCCUUUUUCUUAGAUCAUGUCGAAAUAUACACAAUGUGCAGUAUGUAAACGAUAUAAUCGUGGGUCUCGUGACAGAGUACUCUCAUGAAUUAGCUGGCAGACGGACGGGUACUGGCUCUCGCCGUAUUAAUUCCAAUGAAGCAUCACUAUCCCUAGCCGCUCAAAGUGCAAAAGAGGUGGCAACACUUGGUGCAAGUCUUCUAUGUGCAGCAGGUGGCAUGCUACUGGUCCAGGAACUGUAUAAGGAGACUAUUCCUACCUGGCUGCUGUCGUCUAGGGAUGUGAAGCAAAACAAUGACAGUGUUGUGUCGCAUGUACUGGAGGGUUAUGCUAUGGCAUAUCUGUUGAUAUUGUCCGGAUCAAUCAUGUGGGGUGUUGGGACCAAGUUACCACCAGGGACAUUCAGUAGAAGGAAUCGUACGAUCGAGGUCCAUUUGGAGUUCCUGGCAGAAGUGAUGGAGAAGAAAAUUUCACUCAGUUGCAAUCCUAUUACAUGGAAAACUUAUGUCUGCUGUUUAGUGGGAUUAAUGGUUAGACUUGCACCAGCUUGGGUUCAAGAAGUGAAGGUGGAUACUCUGAGGAAGUUGGCGCGUGGAUUAAGCAGAUGGAAUGAAGUUGAACUGGCACUUUCUCUACUACAUAGAGGGGGGACGGCGGCUAUGGGAGCUCUUGCUGAAUUUGUCAAUGUGAUUGAUUCUGAACACAUGUCACCUUGCUCAUAAUCCAAUUCAUGAGGACCAAAUAAUAUAACGUCAAAAUUGCUCGAGAGAACAGCAAGUGAGAUGGGACUUGCUAUUUUCUCCCAAUCCCGGUAGUACUCUGGAGUCGUAAUCGUUCUUAACAUGCUGCACCAUAACACUAGUCUUUGAUGAUUUUUUUAGAAAAAAAGAUUGAUUAGUCAUAAAAAAUUUAAAUUUACGUUCAUACGUUAAUCAAAUAGUACCAGUUUACAGUUAAUAUGAUUAAAAAAGAAAAAAAGAAUUCAAAGAGGUUAUAAGUUGCAAAGGAACAGAGGUGCUCAUGUACGUUGCCAUAGUUGUAUCCGAAAUACUCUCAAACUGAAAUAUGCCUAAAUAAAAAUAACGUGGAUUUGAUUUCUAA